UACACUACGAGCUCGCUCAAUUGUUUGAAAGAUUGUUAUUUUCACGGUCACCGUCCACCGCCUGACCAGGUGCACCGUCCGGAACCUCACACACUCCACAGCCGCAAUGUACCUCCCGCGAGACUCGAUAUCGACCCUAUACCUACACCUCAAGAAGACGAACAAUUCCCUGUCCUCGCCCGUCUUGAUCCUCGUUGCCCUCGAGCCGGAUGCUCUGUGUGCGUGCCGGAUCCUUAUUUCGUUGUUGAAGCGCGACUACAUAUCACAUAAGAUCAAGCCGAUAGCUGGGUAUGGCGACCUCGCACGCGUUGGCACGGAGCUCGUCCGACCGAUGCGGACAACGGAAGGUGGCAGCGGCGGCGUGGUCGUAUGUCUGGGCGUUGGGGGCCUCGUCGAUUUGGAGAAUGUGCUGCGACUGGAGGUCGAUGAGAAGGGAGAAGGCGGCAUGGCCGGGGUGGAGCUCUGGGUGUUUGACUCGAGGAGACCGUAUAAUUUGACGAAUAUCUUUGGGGGUCAGGCCCAGGUGGCGGCUCAGGAUGGACAGCUGGUGUCGAGGGAGCGAGGGGUUGUCAAUGGACGCGUGUCGGACAGAUAUAUACCGGGGAACGGCGGGAUCUUUGUCUAUGAUGAUGGGGAUAUUGACGAGGAGCUUAAGAGGGAGCAGGACGCGUAUUGUGCGCUUGCGGAGAUGCCUGAGGUUGAUGAGGAUGAGUUUAACGACUCGGAUUCGGAAAGCUCGGAAGAUGGGGACGAGGACGAGGGUGGAAGAGAGCCCGUCGAUACAACCGGGCUUCCGCCUUCCGGCCAGAAGAGGAAGACGUCUUCGGACAGAGAAGAAGAUAGUGAGGAAGAUGACCAGGACGAUCGGCCUAGGCGGAGGCGAAGAAGCAACUCGUCUGCAUCUAUUGACAGUACCGGGGAGCGACCGCGACGGCAUGGCCUCAUAUCAAUGGCCGGACAAACCGAUAAUUCAUCAAACAUAUCCCGGGAGCCAUCCAUAAGUAGAUCAUCAUCGCCUGCCAUACACGGACCAAGACAGCCCUCUGCCCGCACGUUAAGAAAGCGACUAUUACGCAUGCGCCGAAGACAUGAAUCCGUCCUGGAGCAGUAUUAUGCCUUGGGAACGUCGUAUUCGGAACCAGUAUCGUCCAUGAUGUACUCUCUGGCUGAAAAGCUAGGUCGUGAGGACAACGAUCUUCUCUGGAACGCAGUAGUCGGAGCCAGCAGUCUUGAGCUCUACGGGCGAACGCAGAAUGGCAUUGGGCUGAACCCUGUCUCAUCUAGCGGCCGAUGGUCAGGAUGGAAUGGUGACCGGGGCGAACGAAUACGACAUGCUCUCCGCGAUGAGGUGAACCGGCUGAAUCCUCUCGACUCGAAAGAAUUCAUCCAGGAGACUACGGUGGGUGAGGCAUACGGCGUGAUACCGACGACGGGACGCUCGCCCACCGACACGUCAAUACGGCUGUCUCCAGAGCCAAAGUUUCUCUUAAUUCGUCAUUGGUCUCUGUACGACAGCAUGCUACACUCGCCCUUCUUAUCAACACGCCUCAGGAUAUGGAACGAUAACGGGCGUCGACGUCUACACAAGUUCUUGGCCAAGAUGGGGAUAUCUCUAGCCCAAUGCAAGCAAAACUACCAACACAUGGACAUGCAAGUCAAACGCAGCCUACGAAAAAAGCUGCUGGAACAAGCGCCCGUCUACGGCCUCGAGGGUCUCGUGCCACCCGAAGAAUCCCGCAUCCCCAAAGAAGGCUGGGGCUUCGUCCGUUGCUGGGGCUGGAAAGCAUGCCUCAGCGCCCUCGACGUCGGCACCAUCAUCGGCGCUAUCCUCGAAGUCGGCGACGCAUCCACACGCACAGUAGCAACAGCCUCCUCAAACGACCCAUCCGACCCAGCACCAUCCCAACCGCCCCCAACCACCGAAGAAUCCGAUCUCGCCCACCAGGAACACGUCACAGCACGCUUCUUCACCGCCUACGACGCCCUCGCCGACAUCAAGCUCCUAACCCAACACAUCCCCACCGCACAGUCCCUCCACCGCGCCAUCCUCCGCACAGGCACCUCCCUCCUCGAAAAACGCCAAGUCCUCCACCUCAACGCCUUCCGCGUCGCCGUCGUCAAAGAGGGCCCCGACGUCCCGCUCUUCGCCCACCCAGGCGCCCUCAUCAAACUCGCCCUCUGGAUCGCAGAGGCCCUCGUCGAACAGGAAGGCAAAAAGGCAAGGGACGGCAACGGCGAGCUCGUCCUCGCUGCCCUUGACGAGACCCGCGACGUCUAUGUCAUUGUUGGCCUUGGCGGUGGUGGCGGCGCCCGAUUUGAUCCCGAUCGCGCAAGGAGGCGCGAGGAGGCGAAGAAGGCGCGCGAGGAGAAGCGCAGCAAGCGUCGCGCUGAAAGGGCGAAGGAGAAGGAAGCGAGACGCCUCCGUCGGCUUGCGAAUGGGAUGGACUCGGAUGACGACGAGGACGAAGAAGAAGAAGACGCGACCGAAAGCGAAGGCUCCUCUGACAGUGACUCCGACGACUCCGACAACGACGACACAAGAAAAGCAGCGAGACGCGCGCACGGCAAGAAUAGAUUCGGUAUUGCGUUUAGUGAGGUUGCCGAUGCGACGGGCGCGCGCGUCCGGCUGGAUCAUUUCGAGCAUUGUGUUGUUGAGGUCAAGAGGGAUGAUUACAAGGGGUUUUUGGAGGCGUUGAGUGAGAAGGCUGUUGUUGGGGGGAUGAGGGUUAGGGGGGGUAGGGGGAGUGGGUAUUGA